GUAACAUGUGCAAUACUGCCGGGAAAAUAACACAUUGAAUGCAUUAUAAAAGUUACCACAAACAAGACAUCCACCCCGUCGAAACCAUUCUAUUCAUAGUAUCAGCAGUUGCGAUGUGAAGAUUGUUACAUUGUAAUUUCAUAAAGGCGGAGGAUUUAUCUUUAUUUGCUCAUUUACUCUAAAAGGACACAUCCUGUAUUUACUCAGAACAUGACUACCCUUAAGUAAAUGAUACUGGGAUGUCGAUGAGGUAUUGGGAUUAUUGCACACUUGGCAAAUCAUCCUGGUGUAGCUGUUAACAUGGCAACCAGUGCGGUCCCUAGCGACAACCUCCCCACAUAUAAAUUGGUGGUUGUGGGAGAUGGAGGCGUGGGAAAGAGUGCUCUCACUAUCCAGUUUUUCCAGAAGAUUUUUGUGCCUGAUUAUGAUCCCACUAUCGAAGACUCCUACUUGAAACACACAGAGAUCGAUGGCCAGUGGGCUAUUUUGGACGUUCUAGACACAGCGGGUCAAGAGGAAUUCAGUGCCAUGCGAGAGCAAUACAUGAGGACCGGUGAUGGUUUCCUAAUUGUGUUCUCUGUGACGGACAAGGCCAGUUUUGAACAUGUCGAUCGAUUUCACCAGCUCAUCCUACGAGUGAAAGACCGUGAGUCAUUUCCAAUAGUCUUGGUGGCUAACAAAGUUGACCUGGUUCAUCUGAGGAAAGUGACAAAUGAACAGGGCUGUGAGAUGGCUGCCAAACACAAUAUUAUAUACAUUGAAACAAGUGCCAAGGAUCCCCCGAUGAAUGUGGACAGAGCCUUUCAUGAAUUGGUCAGAGUUAUCAGACAACACAUUCCAGAACGGAGUCUGAAAAAGAAGAAGAAGAUGAAAUGGCGUGGAGAGAGAGCCAUGAGUUCUCACAAACUUCACUGUGUAAUGUUGUGACUACCUCUCCUGUUAAGUUCAUCAUUAGCGUUUGGCAUGAUAAACUGCCGGACUGACAAGAGAUCUGCACUAAUUGGAGGACCACAGACUUUGAGUAUCCAAACCACUGACACGAGGUCAGACAAUCUCUUCAUGUCUCAAGGAGGCGUACCGUACCUGCGUUCACCCGGGCCGAUGAGGAGCUGAAAGAAAAAAUUUACAGACGCUGUGUCCUAACCAGCUGCGAUGUGUCAGGCUCAUCAACAUGAAGAACAAAAUCACAUCCAGUCAGUGCUUGUUUGAUGUGUAAUAUACUGGAUUUUGGACCAUUCACUAUGGCGAGGAUUCCCAGCAAGACGCAUCAAUAGCAGAACACAACCAAAUAAAAGUUGCACUUCUCGCAGUCAUGGCAGACUCAAACAAUAUUUGGUUGCUAGUAGAUGUUCUGGAUUUUCCAACUAUAUCAGGAAGGAUCACAUGACCACUGUCUUCAUUUUCAUUGGUACUCAUUUGGUUAAAGUAAUACUCAAAUUGGUUGUAUCUCCACAAACAUUAAGUAAGCUUCUGAACGCUAACUUUCUUUAAAAAAACACAUGACAUCGUUGUUAUUAUACAUCAUCGCUUCAUCAUGCGAGUGGUUAGGACAUAGUGUAAGAUUUUGCACAUGGACAGCGUUAACCUUACACAUUUAAAAUUAUGAUAAGAUCACUCAAUAAGUGAUCGAUUUGAGAUGCUGGUUCUUACUUCAGGGUGUAAGUAUAGCAAGAGCCCAACAAAAACUGUGUGCCUGAAGUUUCCUAACAUCUAAAUAUAUGGAUGAUGGUUUUGCUGGACAUUGUGUUUGCAGUAUACAGGGAUUAUUGAAGUCUGCCUUACUAAUGAAUAUUUAUUGCCAUGUUUGAAGGAAUCUGUAGCAGGAGUGUACUUGUAGUUGAGCUUGUUUAUGAUAAGGACACUGUAGGUGUCAUGGGAAAUAUCUCCAGUAUGGCCUUUACUGUUAAGCACAAACAGGACUAACACAAAUGAAGGACUCAUUGCACUGGCACAUAAGUGCAUUUGGCACUUUUCUUGUUA